AUGGUCGGCUACAAUUUUCCAAUAAAAAGAACCCCUAUUACUCAGGAAUAUGAAAUAACCCAAACCAGCCUUGGCAGUGGAAUUAAUGGAAAUGUCAUUAGAUGCAUUCACAAGGCUACCGGGAAACCUUGUGCACUAAAGAUUCUUGGUGAUGAUGAGAAGGCCUGCCGAGAAGUCGAGUUGCAUUACCGUGUCAGUGAUUGCGAAAAUAUCGUCAGAAUAGUGGACAUUUUUGAAAAUAACGACGUCAAAACUGGACGUAACCACCUACUCAUCGUCAUGGAAUGUAUGGAGGGUGGUGAACUGUUCAAUCGCAUUCAACAAAGACACCGAAACGGAUUCACUGAGAAUGAUGCAGCUCGCAUAGUUUACCAAAUUGCCACUGCUAUUCAAUGUCUUCACGGAAGGAACAUUGCUCAUCGGGAUCUUAAGGUAUUUUUAAUCCGGUUUUUUAUUUUUAUGCAGCCGGAAAACCUUCUUUUUACGUCGGACACUGCAGAUGCAACUCUAAAAUUGACGGACUUUGGAUUCGCUAAGGAAACCUCUAAGGAAACGUUCCUUCUAUCCCCAUGUUUUACCCCAUACUACGUUGCUCCGGAAGUGCUGGGUACCGCAGCGUAUGACCAGCAAUGUGAUAUGUGGUCCCUUGGUGUCAUCACAUACAUUCUGCUGUGCGGUUAUCCUCCCUUCUAUAGCCAGGGUGGUGAUCCCUUCUCGCCUGGAAUGAAAUCUCGCAUUCGAAACGGCCACUACACAUUUCCACCGAAUGAGUGGGACGCGGUGUCCCAGGAAGCCAAGGACUUGAUAAAUCGCUUACUGAUUGUGCAACCGCAGCAUCGAUUGACAAUUGCGCAAGUAAUGCAACACCCAUGGGUUGUUCGCCACCGGCUGGUUCCCCAAACACCUCUCCUCACAGUGAAUAUUCUCAACGAAGAGAGGCAAAAUUGGAAUGAGGUUCAGGAGGGCUUCCGAGAGGGGUUGCAGAUAAUGCGCACGGGGAGCGGCGCUCCACAACUGAAGAAGCUGACCGACGCCUCCAACCCCAUUCUCAAGCGUCGCAAGGGGUAG